UUUUCUCUCUCGGCCGGUUUCCGGUCUCUUCCACUCUCUCGGAGUCUGGGUCGGGGUAGCACGCACCGCAGACAUGGCGCUCUAUAACUUCAAGAAGAUUAUGGUGGUACCCACCGCUAAGGACUUUGUUGAUCUCACUUUGUCAAAAACUCAGAGAAAGACGCCAACAGUUAUCCACAAACAUUAUCAGAUUCACCGGAUCAGACACUUUUAUAUGAGAAAAGUGAAAUAUACACAGCAGAAUUACCAUGAUCGACUCUCCCAGAUUCUCACAGACUUCCCUAAACUGGAUGAUGUGCACCCAUUUUAUGCAGAUUUAAUGAAUGUCCUGUAUGACAAAGACCAUUACAAACUAGCUUUGGGACAGAUAAAUAUCGCCAAGAACCUAAUUGACAACGUGGCCAAGGAUUAUGUGAGGUUGAUGAAAUAUGGGGACUCUUUAUAUCGUUGCAAACAGCUGAAAAGAGCCGCUCUGGGGCGCAUGUGCACCAUUAUCAAAAGGCAGAAACAGAGUUUGGAGUAUUUGGAGCAAGUUCGUCAACAUCUGUCUCGGUUGCCAUCUAUUGACCCUAAUACACGUACCUUGCUUUUGUGUGGCUAUCCAAAUGUCGGUAAAUCCAGCUUUAUAAAUAAGGUAACCAGAGCGGACGUAGAGGUGCAGCCAUAUGCGUUUACCACCAAGUCAUUAUUUGUGGGGCACAUGGAUUAUAAAUACCUCCGCUGGCAGGUAGUGGAUACACCAGGUAUUCUGGAUCACCCCCUGGAGGAGAGAAACACCAUUGAGAUGCAAGCUAUCACCGCUCUGGCUCACCUUCGUGCUGCUGUCCUCUAUGUAAUGGACGUUUCAGAGCAGUGUGGUCACAGCCUGGAGGAGCAGCUGGAGCUCUUCAACAACAUCCGUCCUCUCUUUGCCAAUAAGCCUUUAAUGAUUGUUUUGAACAAGUGUGAUGUGAAGAGGGUCUCGGAACUGGCCGAGGAAGAGCAGAAAAUCUUCAAGGACCUUGAAAAUGAAGGCCUGCCAGUGAUUGAGACCAGCACCCUAACCGAGGAAGGUGUGAUCCAAGUUAAAACAGAGGCAUGUGACCGAUUAUUAACCCACCGAGUGGAGACCAAGAUGAGGGGAAAUAAAGUCAAUGAUGUGCUCAAUAGGCUUCACUUGGCCAUUCCAACCAAGAGAGAUAAUAAGGAAAGGCCACCUUUCAUUCCAGAGGGCGCAAUAGUCAGGAAAAAACGAAUGGAUACAAACGCACCUAAGAAGAGAUCGGAGAGAGACCUUGAAAUGGAGAUGGGAGACGAUUAUAUCCUGGACCUACAGAAAUACUGGGAUCUAAUGAAUCCAUCAGAGAAGCAUGAUAAGAUCCCAGAAGUCUGGCAGGGUCAUAAUAUCGCAGAUUAUAUUGAUCCGGAUAUCAUGAAGAAACUGGAAGAACUGGAGAAAGAGGAGGAGCUAAAGGAAGCAGCUGGUGAAUAUGAUAGUGAUAUGGAGAGUGAGGAUGAGGAGAUGGCCGAGAUACGAGAACUUGCUCAACAGAUUCGAGAAAAGAAAAAACUGAAGAUCCUUCAGUCAAAGGAGAAAGAUAUACAUGGCCCGCGAUUACCAAGAACUGUUAAAAAGGUCCAACGGAAGACAUUAGAAAAAGAGAUGAAUUCAUUGGGUAUUGAUGUGAGCAAUAAUGAGACACAUUAUGCAGAACAAGCAAGGUCCAGAAGCCUCCAGAGAAAGCGUAAACUUGGAGAUUCUGAGCCACCGACAUCUGUUACCCGCAGCCGAAGCAACUCCAGGCCACCAAGAGACCAAUCCGGAGUUCGUGAUGCAAAGAUGGCAAAGCAAGCCAAGGUGAUGAUGAAGAAAUCCCAGAGGAAAAUGAACCAAUUGAGCAAGAAAGGAGAGGCUGAUAGGCAUGUGUUUGAUCUUAAACCCAAACAUUUACUGGCUGGUAAAAGGAAAGCUGGCAAAACAGACAGACGAUAAGACCUUCUCCAGUGGGAAUAUGACCGUCACUCCUCUGCUGCUCCUCCGGACUUGUAACUGUCAGUACACAGCUUUCUCCUUGUCACAUUGUGUGGGGGUCCCUGUGCUUCCCCCGUGUACAGCUCCCUUCUUGUCACACUGAGUGGGUGGGUGGUCAUUGUGCUGGCAGUGUACAGCUCCCUUUUCAUCACACCCAAUAUCACCAUUUUAGUUUUGUAAAAAGGAACAAUCUGGACUGCCCAUCCUUCAUUUUCCACUUUAGGUUUCCUUCAACCACUUUUCAGAAUUGGAUGGAUUUUACAGCAUACAGUGCCUUGAACCAACCCUGAAUCUUUAAAUGCGCCCUGAUUAAAAUAAAUAUGUAUAAGAUCAUAUUUAUUAAAGCUAAAUGGACUCCGCUAAAA